AUGCGGCCUACUACUCGCAAUUGGCGAGGAGUUGGUGCGACUGCCUCCUGCGGACCUGAGAUGAUGCCACGCCUCCGAGGUCUACUACAUCUGUGCCUUCGCCUAGACACCAACAAGGUGCUGCGAAUCCUCUUCGGCCUGACCCUGCUGAAGGCCUACGGCUUGAUGAUGGCGUUGAACUUUAACCAGAUCCCUGGGCACAAGAUUCCAAGUAGUCUGAUUAGAAAACGAAUCAUAGACAGCAUUCCACUUGGUUCCAAACUUAGCACUUUGCUUUCGCACCUCACCGUUGACGAGAUCACCGCUCCUGAAGGCUUCAAGACCAUCCUCUCUGUGAUCGAGGAUGCCCAUGCCUACCUCAAGGACCAGUCUUUGGAGCAGGCCUUUGAUGAUGCCAUUUUCAGAGGAAGGAGAGACAAAGGCCAGAGCCUGACAUCCUUCCUGGCUGGCAAAACUGCGGCAUUUGCAGAGUUGCGGAAGCAGGGACUUGACCUGCUGACUUCAAAAGCUGGCAGACAUCUUCUUGGACAUCUCAUCUUGCGUCAAGGUGGAUUCACGGUGGACCAGAAGCAGAGGUUGAAAGUUGUUACAAACGGCAGCAUCGACUACAAGGACUUGGAAAAGGCCAUCCAGAAGGUCUUUGGAGAUCGUUUGGAUGAGUACGCCAAUGACACCACACCUGGAAGACGUUGGCGAAGUUCGACGUACUGGGAAGGUGGUGACUAUGAUGGAUGGGACUAUGACGAGUCCGAGACCUAUGUGACUGCCAAUGGAGAGCUGCCGAUGGUGAUGGACGAAGCUGAAGCAGUUGAGACAGUUUGCAACCAUGUGGAAGAGAUCUUUUACCAGUCCAAAGAGCGUUUUGCUUGCAAGGGCGAGGGCAAAGGCAAGAAAGGAAAGGGCAAAGGCCCUGCAAAGACUCUUGGAGAAGCUGCUGCCUACCCCGGUUUUGGGAGCAAAGGCGGUUACCUGGAACACCGACGGCAACUUCAAGCUGUGAGAAAUGGCCGUGGAUAUGAUCGUCCAUGGGCCCAACCACAUGGAAGCCGCCACUCCUUGAAUGACAUCAAGGCCAAGUCGCGCUGUCAUGCCUGCAAGCAGAUUGGUCAUUGGUCAAGGGAAUGCAAAAUGACUAUGAGAUCAAAGAUGGCCAAUGGCAAUGUUUCGUCAGGUGCUUCAACGACAGCUGCACAUGGCGGUAUGUCGACUGGUUUCUUUGUGGCGUCACCGAAACAGAUGGCUGAUCAACUUGUGCAACAGUCCGGGAGUCAAUACAUGCAGCCGUCCUCACAGCAGUUUGUUGGGUUGUCAUUUUGUUUCAUGAAUCAACAAGCAAGUUUGGGAACAGCUUUGGUAGAUACAGCUGCACAACAUGGUUUGGUUGGCAUGGAAACCCUUCAAGAACAUGAUCGUUUGCUGCGUGAACGUUUUGAUCUCCAAGUGCAAUGGUCUGAGAAUCGGGGGGGGAGUGUGCGAGGAGUUUGCGGGUCAGAGGAAUCAACCAAGAUAGCAUAUGUCCCCAUUGGACUUUGUGGCAAAUUAGGUGCACUACGUGUACAGGUUGUUCCUGGAGAAAUACCAUUCCUCUUGCCGGCAUACUUCCUUGCAGAGUUGGGUGCAGUGAUUGACAUGAAACAUGGAGUCAUCUUUUACGUAGACUUAGGAGUGAAACAAACCAAGAACCGUUUGAGCACUGGCCAUGUCUCCGUGAGCAUCAUUGAGUUUGGUGAUGGAUUUUAUGUGCCGGUGAACUUUUCUGGCACAAAGAGUCAAGCCUGGUCUCCGAAGACCGUACCCAACUGGUCAGCUGUGACCUUAGCGGAUGGUUGCGUCGAGCGAGCGAUGGGCCCGCUGGCGGCGCUUGUUGCUGCGCUUCUUCACAUCGAUGAUGCUGCAAGCAUGGCGGACAAGGCCAUCACUGCCGAGAUGUCUGUUCACAGUGUCCUUGAAAAACUUUCUCUGGGCGCCGACAGCGUCGAGACCAUCCUGAUCUACAAAGAGAUCCCCGUCCAUCCAGAUCUAGGCGAACCUAUCCAAGAUCUUGCGGAUGACAACACUGAAUGGGGUGACAAGCAGAGGUAUCCUGUGAUUGCCAACAGCCGCGACGUGCACUUGUUCAACAAGAUUGCCAACAACGACUGCUUUUAUGAGAUGGCCUCCAAGAUGAAAGAUGAUAGCUUUUCCCUGAGCUACCUCACCAAGCAGUCUGGCAAAGAGUUGGAUGAGAAAAAGCUGAAAGUCACGGAGAUCAAGAUGUUCCGCGAAGCCAAGAAGCUGGAGAUUAACAACCUCAUCAACUCCAAUGCCAUUGAGAUCAUUGUGGAGGACCAAGAGUUGAAAAAGAUCCGAACAGAAAAGCCUCAUAGGAUCAUGCCUUCAAGAUUUAUCUUGACCAAAAAGACUGGUGAAGUUAGAGAAACUUGGAAGGCAAAGGCACGUUGGAUCCUCUUGGGCCACAAAGACCCCAAUGCUUUGAAGCUAGAACGCUAUGCACCGACACCAUCCUCAACUACGGUCAUGAUGUGCCUUCAAAUCAUUUCCUCCAUGAAGUACCACCUCUACAUCAUGGAUGUCAGCUCAGCCUUCGGUCAAUCUGACCCACAUGAAAGAGAACAAGGUCCUCUUUAUGCAUCCAUGCCACCCACUGGAAUUCCAGAUGUGCCACAACAUGCAUUGAUUCGCGUGCUGACAGCUGUCUAUGGCCUUGUGAAUGCCCUAGCAGUUUGGCGAAAGACUGUGAGGCGACAUUUGCUGGAGCUUGGAUACACCGAGUCAGUCUUUGACCCCUGCCUCUACUACCUCAAGCCGACAGCUGAAGAGAUCAAAGAGUUUGGCACUUUGGGCGUGGCUGGCGUUGUUUUGCUUGAUGUGGAUGAUUUCUGCCAAGGAGGCAACCAACGACAUGAGAUGCUGAUGGGCGAGCUACGCACAAAGCUCAAGUUUGGCAAAUGGCGUGAUGUUUACAACAGCUCUGCCGAGUACAUUGGCCGAACCUUGAAGCAGCUUGAAAGUUUUGAGAUUCAGGUGAGCAUGAAGCGCUACAUCGAGGAGAAGCCGAAGGCUGUCAAUCUCCCCAAGGAGCGCUUGAAACAAAAGACUUCACCUUUGACUGAAACCGAAGCUACAUGGCUGCGAGGUGUUGGAGGUUCACUUUUAUGGGUUGGAAAAGAAGGAAGACCCGAUGUUGGAGCUGCAUGCGCGAUGGCUAUGAGCUGGAGCAGUAGCGGACCAACAGUGGACCACAUCCUGAUGGCCAACAAGACCGUCAUCGAGUCAUCGAGCUCAAGAACACGGCGGACGCCAUGCUCCGGGUGA